AUGACGAAUAUUGAUAACGAACAAAAAAGUACUAAGAAUACAACAAAAGUGGUAAUUAUCACAUCAGUAGAUGAUGAUAACGAUAAUAUUCUUUCAUGUUUAAAUCCAUCAAAUAUUGAAACAUUUGUUGUUGAUUUAAAUCAUACAGAUCUAGUCAAUGUUUAUGAAAAUCAUAAUAAAAAUAAAAAACGAACUUUAUCUCAAACGGAACAUGAUUCAUUAAUUGAUAUGAAUAAAAAUAUGAAUAUGAAAAAGCGUAAAGCUGAUUUAACAUGCGUUGUUUGUGGUGGACAAGCUAUUGGUUAUAAUUUCGCACAAAUUACAUGUGAAUCUUGCAAAGCAUUUUUUCGUCGAAAUGCUUUACAUCCAAUCGAAAAAACUAAAUGUACUCAAAAUCAAACUAAUUUUAAUAAAAUACAUUGCGAUGUUCAGUUUAAUGUUAAACGUAAAUGUCAACGUUGUCGAUUAUUGAAAUGUUUUCAACAAGGUAUGCGUAAAGAUUUUAUUUUAACUGCUGAAGAAAAAAAAUAUAAACAAGAACGUUUGGAAGAAAAUCGUCGUUUACGUACUACAUUCGUUAAUGAUGAUAAUAAUAUUGAAAGUCAAGAAGAAAUCAAACCUACAAUAAUACAUCAAAAAUCUGAACCAAUUGUUAAUAAUUCAUCAUAUCCAUCAUUGCUUAGUGAAUCUGACCGGGCAUGUUUAUUACAUAUUCAAAGUGCAUAUUUGUCUGCAUCACAAUCAACUCCACAUGCAUCAUCUGUUAUUUCAUUAGAAUUAGCGCCUGAUAAAAUCUCAGCAUUUAUGAGUACAUUUGAUAUACAAAAUCUUGCUGCAGUUAAAUUAAUUAAUUUUAUAAGAGAAAUUCCGGAAUUUGAACAACUUGAUGAACAUGAUCGUUUAAUACUUGUUAAAUAUAAUUUAACAUUACUUUUUCUUAUACGUCAUUCAUUAACAUUUGAUUCUGUACGUGAAUUAUGCUAUGAUCUUGAUACAACUGAUACGAUUUCACCAACAGAUGAAGCAUUUGCUUUACAAUGUAAAAGUUUAUUUAUUCUUUGUUAUGGUUAUGAAUUUAAUCAAGCUGUUAUAGCUAUUCUUCAUGUUCUUGUCAAUAUAGUUAAUAAAGAUCCAAUAAUAGUUCAGUUAUUAAUGCUUAUUAUGAUUUUUUCCAAAGGUUUAUCAGCUGAUAAUGAACGAGAACCAAUUUUAAAUGAUGAACAACGUGUAUAUCAUGCACAAGCAAAAUAUACUGAUUUAUUAGUUCGAUAUUUAUUGCAAAAAUCAUCAUAUGAAAAUGUUACUACUAAAAUGACACGUAUUACUGAACAAUUAUUAAAAAUACAAAAACUUUUAAGAGAUUUUCAUCAAUAUAUAAAGAGUAAAGUUGAUUUAAAUCAUAUUAAUCCAUUAAUGAGAUCACUUUUUCAACUAACUUAA